CGAUGACGGCCACGCUGACGUCACCGCUGGUCAAACGCUGGCCUUAUACGCUCUCCUCGGAAGUGGGUCUCAUUGACACGCACUGUCAUCUCGACUUCCUAUUCCGCAAAACAGGACACCGAGGAUCCUACGCCCAGUUCCGCAUAAGAAAUCAGCAAACAUUCCCAUCCUGCUACGAGGGAUGCGUGGCCAUCUUCUGUGACCCAGCCACAUUCAAGAAGCGUCACCUGUGGCAGGGACUGCUGUCCGAACAAGGCGUUUGGGGAGCCUUUGGAUGCCACCCGCACAUGGCCCGGCAUUACGAUGAGGACGUCGAGGAGGACCUGAUCGCGGCCCUUGAGCAACGAAGCGUCGUCGCCCUUGGAGAAAUUGGCCUCGACUACUCCGCCAAGAACAAAUGUGACCGUAUGAUGCAACAACGAGUGUUUCGGCGGCAGUUGCAGCUGGCAAGGAAUGGUCGCCUGCCCCUCGUCAUUCACUCGAGGGAUUCCUCAAACGACACUCUGCGCAUCCUCAAGGAGAUGGUGCCCGGAGACUGGCCAAUACACCGGCACUGCUUCACCGGGGACUGGUCCGAGGCGCAGCUGUGGAUGGACACGUUCCCCAACCUGUGCCUCGGGCUCACUCCACUGGUGGGAUUUCCCAACGCCGGUCCUGUAGCUGAGGUCGGCCGCAGGAUUCCACUGGAGCGCCUGCUGCUGGAGACGGACGCGCCAUACUUCCUCCCGAAAAGCGAGUCCGGUCGUCUCGCGCAGUCGCAUCCAGGCAUGGCCAUCCACGUGGCCACCUGGUUGUCCAACGUCCGCAAGAUUCCCGUGCAAGACAUCCUAGAGGCAGUGCGAGAAAACACCCGAGAGAUUUACAGAAUUUGACCUGAAAGCAAAUCCGCAAGUUUUUCCUUGUCUUUCAUGGUCAAAUAAUACAGUGACCAGCACCCACAGAUACUGCUAGGCUAUAUCACCGCGUUUUUCAUUUAAUGGGAAACCCACGUGGAAGUUACUGCGAUGUAUUUUUCUUUUCAUUUUGUGAAGAUUUUAAUGCCCCAGUGGGCAUUUUAUGGCUAGAAUCGACGCUGCAGUCGAAUAAAUUCGAGCCACGUUGGGUUCUUUAACGUACACCUAAAUCUAAUAAUAAAGGGGUUCUUGCCUUCCGGCCCCGUGUGAA